GGGCCACAGAGCUAGCCCGCCCGCGGGGUCCCCAUUGGCCGCUCGCCGGUCGCCCUCCGCCCAGAAGGCGGUGAGGGGCUCGAGGGGGGCUGCCUGCUCCGAAGUGGCAUCGGGAGAACCCGGCCGAGCCGACGCCUGGGCGGACUCGCUCGCUCCCAGCGCCCCCGCCGCCGCCCGCCGGUCUCCGGCGUGGCGCCCCCGGUCGGGCUCCGGAGGGACGCGGGCAGCUCCCGGGCGCCCGGGUGAGUGGCCGCGCGCGGCUCGCAGGCUUCUCCCGGGUCCCGCCGCCUGCUUUUGCUUUCGCUGCCGCCGCGCGGUGGGGUUUACCCGGGUAACGCCGGGAAGGCCAAGGUCUAGAGACUGAUGUAUGAGGGGCCCACGGAAGCGCAGAAACGUUGGUGAUGGUUUGGAAAGCGGAGCUGAAGUGCGCUGGGCUUUGGUGAGACUUGACAGUUUAUCAUGACCGUGUUCAGGCAGGAAAACGUGGAUGACUACUAUGAUACCGGCGAGGAACUUGGCAGUGGGCAGUUUGCAGUUGUGAAGAAAUGCCGUGAGAAAAGCACCGGUCUCCAGUAUGCCGCCAAGUUUAUCAAAAAAAGGAGGACAAAAUCGAGCCGGCGGGGCGUGAGCCGUGAGGAUAUUGAGCGGGAGGUCAGCAUCUUGAAGGAGAUUCAGCAUCCCAAUGUCAUCACCCUGCACGAGGUUUAUGAGAGCAAGACGGACGUCAUCCUGAUUCUGGAACUUGUUGCAGGUGGUGAGCUAUUUGACUUCUUGGCUGAAAAAGAAUCUUUGACUGAAGAGGAAGCAACUGAAUUUCUCAAACAAAUUCUUAAUGGUGUUUACUACCUGCACUCCCUUCAGAUUGCUCAUUUUGAUCUUAAGCCUGAAAACAUAAUGCUUUUAGAUAGAAAUGUCCCUAAGCCUCGGAUCAAGAUCAUUGACUUCGGUUUGGCUCAUAAAAUUGACUUUGGCAAUGAAUUUAAAAAUAUAUUUGGGACACCAGAGUUUGUUGCUCCUGAGAUAGUCAACUAUGAACCCCUUGGUCUUGAGGCAGAUAUGUGGAGUAUCGGGGUAAUAACCUAUAUUCUCCUAAGUGGAGCCUCCCCAUUUCUUGGAGACAGCAAGCAAGAAACGUUGGCCAAUGUAUCUGCUGUCAACUAUGAAUUUGAGGAAGAAUACUUCAGUAAUACCAGUGCCCUGGCCAAAGAUUUCAUAAGAAAACUCCUUGUCAAGGAUCCAAAGAAGAGAAUGACAAUUCAAGAUAGUUUACAGCAUCCCUGGAUCAAGCCUAAAGAUACCCAACAAGCACUUAGUAGAAAAGCAUCGGCGGUAAACAUGGAGAAAUUCAAGAAGUUUGCAGCCCGGAAAAAAUGGAAACAAUCUGUUCGCUUGAUUUCACUGUGCCAAAGAUUAUCCAGGUCAUUCUUAUCCAGAAGUAACAUGAGUGUUGCCAGAAGCGAUGAUACUCUGGAUGAGGAAGACUCCUUUGUAAUGAAAGCUAUCAUCCAUGCCAUCAAUGAUGACAAUGUCCCAGGCUUGCAACAUCUCCUGGGUUCCUUGUCAAACUAUGAUGUUAACCAGCCCAACAAGCAUGGGACACCUCCGUUACUUAUUGCUGCUGGCUGUGGGAAUAUUCAAAUACUACAAUUGCUUAUUAGAAGAGGCUCGAGAAUCGAUAUUCAGGAUAAGGGCGGGUCCAAUGCCAUCUACUGGGCCUCUCGCCAUGGCCAUGUGGAUACCUUGAAAUUUCUUAAUGAAAACAAAUGCCCAUUGGAUGUUAAAGACAAGUCUGGAGAGACAGCUCUUCAUGUGGCCUCACGCUACGGCCAUGCCGAUGUGGUUCAGUUACUGUGCAGCUUUGGCUCUAAUCCCAAUUUCCAAGACAAGGAAGAAGAAACCCCCCUGCACUGUGCUGCCUGGCAUGGCUACUACUCGGUGGCCAAAGUCCUCUGUGAAGCUGGCUGCAAUGUGAACAUUAAGAACAGGGAAGGAGAGACGCCCCUUCUGACAGCCUCUGCCAGGGGCUACCAUGACAUCGUAGAGUGUCUGGCUGAACAUGGAGCUGACCUUAAUGCCUCAGAUAAGGAUGGACACAUCGCUCUUCAUCUCGCUGUGAGGCGUUGUCAGAUGGAAGUUAUCCAGACUCUCAUCAGCCAGGGGUGUUUCAUUGACUUCCAAGAUAGGCAUGGCAACACCCCUCUCCAUGUGGCCUGCAAAGAUGGCAAUGUGCCAAUUGUGGUGGCCCUCUGUGAUGCAAACUGCAAUUUGGACAUCUCAAACAAGUAUGGACGCACACCCCUGCACCUUGCAGCCAACAAUGGGAUCUUGGAUGUGGUCCGCUACCUCUGUCUGACAGGCGCCAACGUGGAGGCUUUGACCUUGGAUGGAAAGACAGCAGAAGAUCUUGCUAAGUCAGAACAGCAUGAACAUGUAGCAGGUCUACUUGCCAGACUCAGAAAGGAUACACACCGAGGGCUUUUCAUCCAGCAGCUGCGACCCACACAGAACCUGCAACCAAAAAUCAAACUGAAGUUGUUUGGCCACUCGGGGUCUGGGAAAACCACCCUGGUAGAAUCUCUCAGGUGUGGGCUGCUGAGAAGCUUCUUCAGAAGACGGCGGCCCAGGCUGUCCUCCACCAAUUCUACGAGGUUCCCACCUUCACCCCUGGCUUCCAAGCCUGCAGUCUCUGUGAGCAUCAACAACCUGUACCCGGGCUGCGAGAACGUGAGCGUGAGGAGCCGCAGCAUGAUGUUCGAGCCUGGUCUCACCAAAGGGAUGCUGGAGGUGUUCGUGGCUCCAUCUCACCACCCGCACUGCUCUGCCGACGACCAGGCCACGAAGGCCAUCGACAUCCAGAAUGCCUAUCUCAAUGGAGUCGGAGACUUCAGUGUGUGGGAGUUCUCUGGGAAUCCUGUUUAUUUCUGCUGUUACGACUAUUUUGCUGCAAAUGAUCCCACAUCAGUCCACGUCAUCGUUUUCAGUUUAGAAGAACCCUACGAGAUCCAGUUGAAUCAAGUGAUUUUCUGGCUCAGCUUUCUGAAAUCUCUUGUGCCCGUUGAAGAACCCAUAGCCUUUGGUGGCAAACUGAAGAAUCCACUCCAUGUUGUGCUGGUGGCCACCCAUGCAGACAUCAUGAAUGUACCUCGUCCAGCUGGAGGCGAGUUUGGAUAUGACAAAGACAUAUCUUUACUGAAAGAGGUCAGGAACAGGUUUGGGAAUGAUCUUCACAUUUCAAAUAAACUGUUUGUUUUGGACGCUGGGGCUUCUGGCUCUAAGGACAUGAAGGCUCUUCGCAAUCACCUACAAGAAAUACGGAGCCAGAUAGUUUCUGUCUGCCCUCCAAUGACUCACCUGUGUGAAAAAAUCAUCUCCACUCUGCCUUCCUGGAGGAAGAUCAAUGGACCCAACCAACUGAUGUCGCUGCAGCAAUUUGUGUUUGAUGUGCAAGACCAGCUGAACCCCCUGGCCAGCGAGGAGGACCUCAGGAGCAUAGCCCAGCAGCUUCACACUGCUGGAGAGAUCAACAUCAUGCAGAGUGAAACGGUCCAGGACGUGCUGCUCCUGGACCCCCGCUGGCUGUGCACCAACGUCCUGGGGAGACUGCUGUCUGUGGAGACGCCACGGGCCCUGCACCAUUACCGGGGCCGCUAUACCAUGGAGGACAUCCAGCGCCUUGUGCCCGACAGUGAUGUGGAGGAGCUGCUGCAGAUCCUAGAUGCCAUGGACAUCUGUGCCCGAGACCUGAGCAGCGGGACCAUGGUGGACAUCCCCGCCUUGAUCAAGACUGACAACCUGCAUCGUUCCUGGACGGACGAGGAGGAUGAGGUGAUGGUCUAUGGCGGAGUGCGCAUCGUCCCCGUGGAACACCUCACCCCCUUCCCGUGCGGCAUCUUUCACAAGGUCCAGGUGAACCUGUGCCGCUGGAUCCACCAGCAGAGCACCGAGGGAGAUGCAGAUAUCCGCCUGUGGGUGAACGGCUGCAAAAUUGCCAACCGUGGAGCAGAGCUUCUGGUGCUCCUGGUCAAUCACGGCCAGGGCAUUGAGGUCCAGGUGCGCGGUCUAGAGACGGACAAGAUCAAGUGCUGCCUCCUGCUGGACUCGGUGUGCAGCACCAUUGAGAAUGUCAUGGCGACCACACUGCCAGGCCUGUUGACUGUGAAGCACUACCUGAGCCCCCAGCAGCUGAGGGAGCACCAUGAGCCUGUCAUGAUCUACCAACCGAGGGACUUCUUCCGGGCCCAGACCUUGAAAGAGACCUCGCUCACUAACACCAUGGGUGGCUACAAGGAGAGCUUCAGCAGCAUCAUGUGCUUUGGGUGUCAUGAUGUCUACUCACAGGCCAGCCUGGGGAUGGAUAUCCAUGCGUCAGAUCUGAACCUCCUGACCAGAAGGAAACUCAGUCGCCUGCUGGAUCCCCCCGAUCCCAUGGGGAAGGACUGGUGCCUUCUGGCCAUGAAUUUGGGCCUCCCUGACCUAGUGGCAAAGUAUAAUACCAACAGCGGGGCUCCCAAGGAGUUCCUCCCUAGCCCGGUUCAUGCCCUGCUCCGGGAAUGGACCUCCUUCCCCGAGAGCACAGUUGGCAUCCUCAUGUCCAAGUUGCGGGAGCUGGGGCGCCGGGAUGCAGCGGACUUCCUCUUGAAGGCAUCCUCUGUGUUUAAAAUCAACUUGGAUAGCAACGGCCAGGAGGCCUAUGCCUCAAGUUGCAACAGUGGCACGUCUUAUAAUUCCAUUAGCUCAGUUGUGUCCCGGUGAAACUAGUAACCUUUAGAAUGGGCAAGGUCUCUUCAGACUACAGAGCAAGUGGGAUAAGGUCCAUCUUUUCCAUCCAAGGCUCAGGGUGCAUCCUCUUUUCUGCUGUACACUGAAGGCUGCCACCCUCCUUCCUGCUCCUCCUCUGCCACUACCUCCCUCCUCUAACACAUCUGUGGGUGUCUAAAUGGUCUUUAUGUUUAAGAGCAGAAUAUGUCCACUCCUUUGGCUGUCAGACAAGCUAGUGCACCUCCUCCCUAUCUCUUGAACACCAUCUCUAAUCCUUUGUUAUCUUGCUUCUUACUGAUACUUUUACUGGAAUUCCUGACUUUUCAAUGAACUUUUUUAACUUCUGUAUCGAUUAUCCUUUUUUUAAGAAAAAAAAAAGUAUACAUGAGUAUCAAAUGUGUAUUUCUUAGACACUGUCCUUUGUCAUAUCAUGUCUUUUGGUUUCUGUCUUUUCGAGUAGUAGGAAGACUCCCAUGUAUGGUUUAUAAACAGACAUAUGUGAGUGCCUUUUGCAGAAGAGGGUGUGUUUGAAGUCAUCCUAGUCAGCCAGGAGCUGGUGUGAAGUAGGUGUUCCCUCUCUGUCUCUUGCUGUAUGCUGGUCAUCAUCGCCAGAGGUGCUUUGCCCAGAAUCCCCACCCGCCCACCCCUGCCCCUAGCAUAUCUGUGUUUCAUUUGGCAAGAGAGGAGUACUCCUCUGGAGUGAUUUCAUGACCAGUGUUGUUGCUACAAUGCAAUGUGUUUGCCUUUGCUUCUAUUUAAAUGUCAGUGUGAGCCUCCAUAUGAAACGGAUACAUUAUCAGGUCUGUCAUUCCCUCUCAUCUCAGGUAGAUGGUGGACACAGUUGUAUGGUAGUAUUGAUCUGUGUGAGAAUUCAGGAGACCCCAUACUUAAUGCUUCGUGGAAGUCUUUUGUCCCUUGUGCAUAGCGAUGGCUUUUCCAUAUUUCAAUCCUGGCUUCAUGACGUCCUCUAUGAAGUCUGAAAAAGGAAAGUGAAUUUGAGUUGUGAUAGAUUUAAAAGUUGGUAUGAGGGGAAAAGUGUUCUAAUUCUCCUGUCCUGGGAAGCAUGUAAUUUUAAUGUUAUAUCAUAUGUAUAUAUGAUGUGGUAUGUAUAUACAUAUAUAUUAAUACAGGUAUUUUUACUUAAUCUAUAAGAUGUAGAAAAACAGUUCUUUGUUUUUCUUUUCUGAUUGUUUUUUCUCUUUUAUAUAUAUAUAUAAAUAAACAGUUGCUUGUUUCA